ACCCGCCGUGUACGCGCCCGUGCGCGCGCCCCGCGCCUCCAGCCCAGCGCUCGGAGCCGCUUUCGCUGCCACUGUCUGCUCCCCCGGGCCGCCGCCGCCGCCGCCGCCUCCCCCCGCAGGCCCGGGGCUCUGUCCGCUGGGCCCGCGCUGCUCGCCCCGAGCCAGGAGAACGAGCUCGAGGAGGAUGCCUGGGCCCGGUGCACGGUUCCCCCUCUCACCCGCGGCUGUGGAGAGGAGGAAGCGGAACUAGAGAUGCCCAUCUGGAGUGAGUGCAGGACCAGGUCCCGCGCGGCCCCGGGUGAGGCACGCCCGCGCGCCCGCCGGCGCCAUGGGAAGGAGCGGGCGCCGCUGCUGUCCCCCGCCGGCGCGCGCACGACUUGAGACCUGCCACGGGCAGCCCCCGGCCGCGGGUCCCCGAGUGACGCUGGCGGCACCUGAGAGUGUGGCGCGGGCCCGGGGCCACGCAGCGGAGACCAGUGUCCAGUGAAGCGGCUGAGGACCCGCCGCCCGUGCCGCCGCCAUGGUGAUGUCCCAGGGCACCUACACGUUCCUCACGUGCUUCGCCGGCUUCUGGCUCAUCUGGGGUCUCAUCGUCCUGCUCUGCUGCUUCUGCAGCUUCCUGCGCCGCCGCCUCAAACGGCGCCAGGAGGAGCGACUGCGCGAGCAGAACCUGCGCGCCCUAGAGCUGGAGCCCCUCGAACUCGAGGGCAGUCUGGCCGGGAGCCCCCCGGGCCUGGCGCCGCCGCAGCCACCACCACACCGUAGCCGCCUGGAGGCGCCGGCUCACACGCACUCGCAUCCGCACGUGCACGUGCACCCGCUACUGCACCACGGGCCCGCGCAGCCGCACGCGCACGCGCACCCACACCCGCACCACCACGCGCUCCCGCACCCGCCGCCUCCGCACCUGUCGGUGCCGCCACGGCCCUGGAGCUACCCGCGCCAAGCGGAAUCGGACAUGUCCAAACCACCGUGUUACGAAGAGGCGGUGCUGAUGGCAGAGCCGCCGCCGCCCUACAGCGAGGUGCUCACGGACACGCGCGGCCUCUACCGCAAGAUCGUCACGCCCUUCCUGAGCCGCCGCGACAGCGCGGAGAAGCAGGAGCAGCCGCCUCCAAGCUACAAGCCGCUCUUCCUGGACCGGGGCUACACCUCGGCGCUGCACCUGCCCAGCGCCCCUCGGCCCGCGCCGCCCUGCCCAGCCCUCUGCCUGCAGGCCGACCGUGGCCGCCGGGUCUUCCCCAGCUGGACCGACUCAGAGCUCAGCAGCCGCGAGCCCCUGGAGCACGGAGCUUGGCGUCUGCCGGUCUCCAUCCCCUUGUUCGGGAGGACUACAGCCGUAUAGAGGGGCGCCCGGCGCCCCGGGCCCCACCGGCGGACUCCUGGCCUGACUGCGGGGCUUUUUAAAUGCUUCCCUGGACUGCGGGGAGGGGCGGGGGGAGGGAGGGAUUUCUUAUCCCGUUUGUUACAUUUUGAGGAUAAUAAAGGUGUGUGAUCUGGUUUGGUACAA